AUGGAUUCAGAAGAGCAAAGUACCUCGGAAUGUUCGAAACAUUUUGCUGAUGAUAGUAUUGAGUUGGCAGAGUUGCCCCGAGAAGAUCGAGGCCAUGUUGGAGUUAAACCCUCCCGAAUGACAAUAAGUUCAUUUCUGCGGAAUCCUAAACCAUGGGAGGUGAAAGGUAUAAAGAUUUAUAGUCAACAAGAAGUAGAUACAGCUGUGGGGUACGAGAAACAAAGGAGGGAGUUUUGGAACCAGGAGGCAAAAAACCUCUCGCGGUCAACAAACCUAUCGCGUGAACACAUUGCAAAAUGCAUCAACGAACGUUGGAGAAAGGAAAAAGCCACUAUACUUCAAAACGAAUUGGAUGCCAAACUUGCCUCAGGGGUACAUCAGGCAACACCUAAUACUAAGAAAACAGUAUGCAAAAAUUGGGAAAGAGUUAAAGAGCUUAGAGAUGAGAUAACUGAUGUAGAAGAAAAUAUGUCAAGAAUGGAGAAAUGA